GGAUGCGGCGGCGUCACUGACAGGCACAGAGUAAAAGUGAGAGAGUGAAUGACAGAGAGAGACCGGAGCAACACGCAUGUGUGAGGAGCGGAGGAGAGGCACGGGUGCUGUAUUGACUUCAGGCAUUCUCAUGCCGUACAUUUUGCUUCUCUAACCGUACACACACGGGCACGGAGUCACCACACGCAUCUGCAGAGACACACAUAGACGCCGAUUUAGUGGACUUGCGGUCAUGGCAGAGAUAGAGGCUCUCAGUGAAGCCCUGAAGGGACUCAGUGUCAGCACAGAGCUGGUGGAGGAGGAGCUCAAGCCUCAUCUGGACGUUCUGCUGAAUCUCCUGUUGGAGAAGAAGAAAGGAAUGGCAGAGAAAAUCGUUUCUAGUGGUGUUCUGCCCAUACUGGCUCAGGUCCUGAGGAAGAAGAGUCCUCUCGCCUCUCAGGUUACCCUGUUGGUAGCAGAGAUUGCCAGGGAAGCUGGUGUGAGGGAGCAUUGUAUUCAAGCAGGACUGGUGUCAGCAUUAGUGCCUUUAUUGAACAGUUCAGACCAGGAGCAGUUGCUGCACGCGGGCCGAGCGAUCGGACGCAUCUGCUUUGAAAACUCCGUUCAGCAAACUCAGCUGGUAGAGAAUGGAGUCAUCCCCAGGCUGGUGAUCAUAAUGCAGCAGUAUCCUGAGAAUGACCCACUGGUAAACGUCAGCCUGCUGGCCCUUUGCAACCUUGCUGAUGUGGAUGCUGCCCGAGAAGCACUGGCAGAUGUGGGUGUAGCAGAGGUUUUGACUUAUCAGCUGAAACGGGCACCAGAUGCAGAACGUCGACAUCUCAUACUGGAAGUUCUCGGAUCACUAGGAGAAAGUGAUACUCUGAAACUGCAGUUUGUGGAGUCAGGCGUGCCCGAGGCUCUCUCUGAAAUGAUUCGAACCCUUCAGGGCGGCUCUGACACACACGACCUCUGCAGCAUCAAAGUGGCUUCAAACCUCAUAGUGACCCUCCUACUGGGAGAUGAAUCAAUGCAAAAGUGUUUUGGGGAAGGGACAGGGAGAAUCUACCAAGAUGUUCUCUUCUGGCUGCAGUCCAGUAACACUGAGCUGCAGUUGUCAGGAGCUUUGGCCAUUGCUAAUUUUGCCAGAAAUGACAGCAACUGUGUGAAGAUGUUGGAACUGGGGGUUGUUCCUUAUAUUCUGGACCUGUUGGAGCAGCAUGUAACAGAGGGAGAUGUUUCUGUACAGCAUGCAGGCCUUAGUGCACUUAGAAACCUUGCCAUUCCAGCCUCUAAUAAGGUCCGUAUGUUGGAAGAUGGGGUCACGGAGAGGAUCAGGACACUUUUGCGCUCCGACAUGCCUCCCGUCCAGUUUAAACUGCUGGGCACUUUGCGCAUGAUGGUGGACGGCCAAGAGGAAGCAGCUUCAGUGUUAGGGAAGGACGAGAUUCUGUUAGCACGGGUCAUGGAGUGGUGUGAUGCUAAAGAUCACGCUGGUGUCAGGGGUGAGGCCAACCGUCUUUUAGCGGCUCUCAUACGACACAGCCGAAACCCGGAAGUCAUCCAGACUGUUAUUAAAGUAGAUGGAAUUCAACAUCUCAUCUCAAUGGCAAUCAGUGAGCAUGUCAUCAUGCAGAAUGAAGCUUUAGUGGCUCUAGCCAUUGCCUCUGCUAUAGACAUUGAGGCUGUCCAGGAACCGUUUCGGGAUGCUGAUCUCCUGCCCACCUUGCAAAAGAUGCUAGAUGAUCCUGUUGUGGCCGUGGAGGUCAAGUUUAGUGCUUUAGGCCUCAUCUGCAGCCUUGCCAACUCUGGCAUGUUACGGGAGCAGAUAACCUCUCUAAACCUGAGGGACACUCUGUCCAAACUGUCUGCUCACACCAGCACAAAGCUCGCAAAGCAGGCCGACACAGUGAUGGCUGUUCUUUCAGAGACUGGCUAGACUUUACAAACGAUUACACGUCAUAGCAUUACAGACUUCUUUCACAGACAUCAUUUCUGACAUGUAUGAUCACCGCAAAGAGUGCUAAACACACAUACACAUACAUGGCUACUUCAUCUAGCAAUGCAUGUAGUCAAACCAAAGCAAUACAUAUUUAGAUGUGAUUUCAUCAUCCAAAGUAAGAGGUCAGCUUGUCCACGAUAGAAUAUCUAAUUUGUUGACAGCUGUCACCUGUAUCAUUCAUCAAACUGCAGUAAUGAACCCGUGGCUCUCUAAAACAAGUUUAAAAUCUGCUAUAGCAGAAGCAACUCUGUAAAUAGAAUGGGUUUCUCAUCUGUUUAGCAAUAUACAGUGGCAAAUUACUUAGUAAAUAUACUAAAUAACUGCACACAAACAUGCAAUUAAUAAUGAUAAUGUCCAUGGACUUCCAUUAACAGCUCUAGCGAAGCUGCUGUAUGUAUCUAUGACUUUACUGUCUAAAUCUCAAUAUCAAUUCAACAAACAUUUAACUAUAUCAUCUGUAUUAAUGUACCACACUACUUUUAAUGCGAGUCGUGUUAAUAUUUGUCUUGUAAUUUCUUUUGUCAUUAUCAUGGCUGAAUCAAUAUGUCAAGUUAUGACAAAUGUAAAAAAUAACGGUUGGAAAAGAGUGAAUAUAUCUUGGGUUGCAAUGUCUAUUUUCAUAUCAUAGCCAGCCUUACUUUCGUUUUUUUGGGCAGGGCUUUUUGAUGCAAAUUCUUUGAUCAUGUUGAUCAUUUACUACGAGUUAGCACAAAAUACUUCAUAAUCUCUGUAUCGUGAAAGCAAUAGCAAAAAACAUAUUUCAAGAAAAGUUCUUGAGCUUCCCAAGUUUAAAUGAAGAAAGUCUAUCUAACAAGUGUUGUGGAAAUGCUGUUGUUGUGUUUGGAUCAAUGUACAGGUAUGACCUAAAAAUCUAACUCAAUUACUUUCAAGGCCAGACCUCAAAAUGUAGUGAUUAUUGUGUCAGGGAAAGUAACGCUGUGCUUAAAUAAAGCUUGAAUUAUUUAUAUUUAUACACAGUGUUCCUCAGAGAGUCAAAAUGACUGCCUUUUCUGACAUGAGCUGAAUUUUGCUCUUGCUCUGAUGGUGUUCAGUCGUGGCAGAUAGAACGCAGCUUAACAUAGAAACAAAGAUAACCUUCAUGAUUUAAAAAGGCACUUCAGAGUCACAGCACAAUCUCCUUGGUAGCUGCUAUGCUUGUGGAUGUUAAAUAACUAUUUUAAAGAUAUAGACUAUUUUUGUGUGUAAAUUGUACGGUUUACCAGAAAAGCUUGUUUCUGGCAAUAAAGUAAAAGUAUGGCAGACGAUUUCUGGUUUGGUAUAUUGUGAUGUUCAUGCUCUCUGUGUGGGAUAAAUUUAUAUUUAUCAUCAAUACACUGUAACAAGAAAAUUAUCAGUACAUUUUCCUUUAUUUUACAGUCACUUCUGUUAAUGCGUAAAUGCAAUUUAAUGCAGUACAGAAUAUAAAAUACAGGUAAAACAACUGUAAAAAUGAAUACUGAAAUGUCCUUCAUAUUAAUACAGUAUAUCGUGCCCUAUUUUUAUGAAUUUGUUAAUGUAGGUCACAAAACCAGAAAAAUUGUCUUAGAAAUUACCACUAGAUGGAGACAAUAGAAACACUACUGAAACCAAAAGUGAGGUUCUGUUGAAGUAUGGUUAUCCUCCACAUGCAAGAUAUCAUUGACAAAUGUUUAUUCGUUAUACUAAUGAUUGUUUGCAAAAGACAUACAAUGGCCUUAGUGAGCUAAAUCUUCAUUAUAUGACAGGCUUGAAAAUUUGUCCAACAAUCAUUGUAAUUAUUGCUUUCAUCUGCAAUUUGAUUUCAUCCCAGUUUAUGUCUACAAUACAAUUAUUUGUUAUUCAUGGUAACCAAAUAUUUGAAUAAACUCAUGUAAUGAA